UCAUCCGCCAUUUUGUGCGAAGCAAGGUGGCCUCCACGUUCCCUGAGCGUCUUCUUCGCUUCUGCCUCGACCGCCCCUUGAUCACAGACAUGUCUCGGGAUCGGUUCCGAAGUCGUGGCGGUGGCGGAGGCGGCUUUCACCGUCGCGGAGAAGGUGGCGGCCGCGGCGGCCUCCACGACUUCCGCUCCCCGCCGCCUGGCAUGGGCCUCAAUCAGAACCGCGGACCCAUGGGUCCUGGCCCAGGCGGCCCCAAGCCACCGAUUCCGCCACCUCCUCCGCAUCAAGUACAGCAACAGCAGCAGCAGCAGCAGGCCCCAUCGCAGCAGCCUCCGCCACAGCAGCCGCCGCCUCCGCCGCAUCAGCAGCCGCACCAACAACCACAUCAGCCGCCGCCGCCACCCCAGGACUCUUCUAAGCCGGUCGUUCCUCAGGGUCCCGGCCCGUCUCCGGGAGUAGGCAGCGCCCCAACUGCCUCCGGGACCGCUCCUCCCGCCACUCCUCCGAAUUCUGGGGGCCCUUCAGGACCAGGUCCCACCCCGACUCCACCGCCGGCGGUCGCUUCGGCCCCGCCCGGGGCGCCUCCACCCACGCCGCCGAGCGGUGGGGUCCCGACCACUCCCCCUCAGGCCGGGGGCCCGCCCCCACCCGCUGGGGUCCUGGGACCUGGGCCUAAGCAGGGCCCGGGACCUGGCGGCCCCAAAGGCGGCAAAAUGCCAGGCGGGCCGAAGCCCGGGGGCGGACCAGGCCUAGGUGGUCCCGGUGGCCACCCCAAACCACCGCAUCGCGGCGACGGAGAGCCCCGCGGGGGUCGGCAGCACCACAUCCCAUACCACCAACAGCACCACCAGGGGCCCCCGCCCGGUGGGCCCGGCGGCCGCAGUGAGGAGAAGAUAUCCGAUUCGGAGGGGUUUAAAGCCAACCUGUCUCUCUUGAGGAGGCCUGGAGAGAAAACGUACACACAGCGCUGUCGGCUGUUUGUUGGGAAUCUACCUGCUGAUAUCACAGAGGAUGAAUUCAAAAGACUGUUUGCAAAGUACGGAGAACCGGGAGAAGUAUUUAUCAACAAAGGCAAAGGAUUCGGAUUUAUUAAACUUGAAUCUAGAGCUUUGGCUGAAAUUGCCAAAGCGGAACUUGAUGAUACCCCCAUGAGAGGUAGACAGCUUCGAGUUCGCUUUGCCACACAUGCUGCUGCCCUUUCAGUUCGUAAUCUUUCACCUUACGUUUCCAAUGAACUGUUGGAAGAAGCAUUUAGUCAGUUUGGUCCCAUUGAACGAGCUGUUGUGAUUGUGGAUGAUCGUGGAAGAUCUACAGGGAAAGGCAUUGUUGAAUUCGCUUCUAAACCAGCAGCAAGAAAAGCAUUUGAAAGAUGCAGUGAAGGCGUUUUUUUACUUACAACAACUCCUCGUCCAGUUAUUGUGGAACCACUUGAGCAGUUAGAUGAUGAAGAUGGUCUUCCUGAAAAACUUGCACAGAAGAACCCCAUGUAUCAAAAGGAAAGAGAGACCCCUCCUCGUUUUGCCCAGCAUGCAACAUUUGAGUAUGAAUAUUCCCAGCGCUGGAAGUCCUUGGAUGAAAUGGAAAAACAACAGAGGGAACAAGUUGAGAAAAACAUGAAAGAUGCAAAGGACAAAUUAGAAAGUGAAAUGGAAGAUGCCUAUCAUGAGCAUCAGGCCAAUCUUUUGCGCCAAGAUCUGAUGAGACGUCAAGAAGAAUUAAGACGCAUGGAGGAACUUCACAAUCAAGAAAUGCAGAAACGCAAAGAAAUGCAAUUAAGGCAAGAGGAAGAACGACGUAGAAGGGAGGAAGAAAUGAUGAUUCGUCAACGUGAGAUGGAAGAACAAAUGAGACGCCAAAGAGAGGAAAGUUACAGCCGGAUGGGUUACAUGGAUCCAAGAGAAAGAGACAUGAGAAUGGGUGGUGGAGGAGCAAUGAACAUGGGAGAUCCUUAUGGUUCAGGAGGCCAGAAAUUUCCACCUCUAGGUGGUGGUGGUGGCAUAGGUUAUGAAGCCAAUCCUGGAGUUCCACCAGCAACCAUGAGUGGUUCCAUGAUGGGAAGUGACAUGCGUACUGAGCGCUUUGGGCAAGGAAGUUCGGGGUCUGUGGGUGGACAGGGUCCUAGAGGAAUGGGGCCUGGAACUCCAUCAGGAUAUGGUAGAGGGAGAGAAGAUUAUGAAGGCCCAAACAAGAAACCCCGAUUUUAGAUGUGAUAUCUAGGCUUUCAUUCCAGUUUGUUUUGUCUUUUCUUGUUUAGAUAACCAACCUUUUAAAUUCUUGCAUUUUAGUAAGAAAGCUACCUUUUUAUGGAUGUUAGCAGUUUAUUGACCUAAUAUUUGUAAAUGGUCUGUUUAGGCAGGUAAAAUUAUGUAAUGCAGUGUUUAAAACAGGAGAAUUUUUUUCCUUUUUUUUUUUUUUUUUUUUAAAUGUAUAAUGUCCCCUCAAGUUAAUGGCAGUGUACCUUGUGCCGCUGAAUUUCCAAAGUGUACCAAUUUUUUUUUACUGUGCUUCAAAUAAAUAGAAAAAAUAGUUAUAAUUCUGAUCUUCAA